UUUCCAUAUCGCGUCGGAAUCAUCCCGAGGGAAAGUGCGGCAUCCAGACAUUUAUUCGUGCAUUUAUUUCAAUUUUAGCUAAAAUAAAUAUCGCGUCAUGAAGAACAAAAGUUAUGGAUAGUAUUAUCUACUUUUCUUGAUUGUCCUCGCCUUGGAUCAAAAAUAUGGAACUGUCAAUUACAUUGAAUAUGAGCGAGAAUGAAAUAUUGGCGAAAAGCAAUAACGUUGAUCCUAAACUGAUAUCGAGAUAUGUAGAAAAUAGAGCAGUCGAUGAGCCUGCGUACACCAUCCUCAUCAUUAUGUAUUGCACUCUAAUUUGUGUUGGAGCUUUAGGGAAUACACUGGUGAUAGUGUCAGUUGUUAGAAAGCCCGCAAUGAGAACUCCCAGGAACAUGUUCAUAGUCAAUUUAGCAGUAUCGGAUUUUCUGCUGUGUACAAUUACAAUGCCGCUGACGUUAAUGGAGAUAUUAACAAAACACUGGCCGCUGGGAAAUCAUUUUAUCGUCUGCAAGAUGAUAGGCGCCUUACAAGCUACUAGCAUCUUUGUUUCCACCAUAUCGAUAACGGCCAUCGCACUUGACAGAUAUCAGGUCAUCGUCUAUCCAACGAAGGAAAGCUUACAAUUGUUUGGGGCAGCUGUAAUCCUUUUAGUAAUCUGGAUAAUUGCGAUAAUUCUCGCUUCCCCGAUAUUUAUCUACAAGACUUUGGUACACCACGAUCUCAAAUUAAAUGGAACCGGCUUGGAUGGAGUGAACUUUUGUAUAGAGGAUUGGCCGGUUGCUCACGGACGAGCCUAUUAUUCCAUUUUCUCUCUAAUCUUUCAGUACAUACUACCCAUCUUUAUUGUUUCGGUCGCCUACCUCCGCAUCUACUUCAAACUUCGUUAUAGGUUUGCUGGCGGCUACAUCGCCAACGAUGACAACAGUACUCGUCGUCAAUUACGUGGCCGCAAAUUACAACGAACUAACAUUCUACUGGUAUCAAUUGCUGUGAUAUUUUGCAUAAGUUGGCUCCCCUUGAACAUGUUCAACCUAAUUGCAGACCUUUGGGAUUCAGUGGAUUUCACGUCCCAAGAAAUGAUGAUAGUGUAUGCUGUCUGUCAUAUGAUGGGCAUGUCUUCUGCCUGCUCCAACCCGGUACUUUACGGUUGGUUGAACGAUAAUUUUUGGAAAGAAUUUAAAGACAUCUUAUGCUUUCCCAAAACGCGUAUAGAGAAAGCAGGCGAACGUAAAACGAGUAUAAAGAGAAUUCAAAAGAUUCCCGACAACAAGAAGUGCCUCUUAAGUGUCCCAAUGGAGAACCAUCAAGGUACCAUCACUAAUGCCACGGAAAUGUCUGUGUUAAAGUGCUAGCCCUUGUGAUUCGGUUAGUUCCUACUUUUGUUACCAAAAACUAUAUCAAUUGAAGACAUUUACGACAAUUAAUGUAAAAUUGAAAGAGUUGUUGUAUAAGCAAAAGACUGUUUUAGACUGACGUCUGAGGAUAUUCUGAAUAGCUACAAGAAAACAUACUUGAUCUGUCUAUUACCUACUUAUUGAAAUUCAAAUACAAUUCAGGAACAUCAUUUGUCACUUAUGCUUCUUUUGAGCAGUUUUUCGUCGAUUUUAUUUUCAAUGCAUGUUAUUUCAUACCUUUUGAUUUGUCAGAAACGACUUUUGACCAUUUAUAGAAAACUUUAAAAUAUUCACACUCAAUUGCUGAAGGCUCAUACUAGAUAUUUGAAUAAUUGUAUUGUGACAUAUAUUCACACUUCGAUGUCUGCGAGCCCUGCUCGAAAAAUAUGUUUUAUGUUCACGAGUUCAACGAAGAAUCCUUCAUUGAGUUAAAGAAGACCGAGAGGAAUCGUUACGCGAAGUUAUAGUAACAUUAUUGCGAGAUUAUUAUCUUUCAUUUUACCUAAUAUUAUAACGGCCAAAUAAUGUGAACCGUAUGCUAUGUAUAGUAAGAGACUUGUUCAUGAUUUUCGUUUACUUUACAUGACUACACUGAAAACGAAUGGGAUCCGUCAACUGGGAGGAGCCUAAACAACAUGGCGCUAAUGAGCGUUCGUUUUUCAUAGGUCAUUUACCGAAUCGGGUUGCUGUGUGGAUUUUUUACUUUUCACAAUCCCCCGCAAAAGGAAUUUUAUUUGAAGUCGAACGCGUUUCAUAUAUUGGUCAUGAUAUCAAAACUUGAAGAACAAAUCGGAAUGUGAACCAUCAGAUAUGAAUUUUAAUAUUUAUCAAAUCCCACAGACGGCGCGGUAAAUGCCAUCUGUAGUACAAUGUUACUUUUAGUGGAAUUCAAUUGCUCAACAAGGUCCAUUUAAAUAGAUGUAUUUCUACUUGCUGAACUGAAUCCACGACUUAACUCGUUGUACAUGAUAUGCAUCUUACCAGAAUCGAACAAAGAAAUUCGAAGAGAAUUCUGUCGAAACUGUCGAUCUUGUUGGAUCUCAUCAGCGCGUAGCAGAAAAUUUCUUAUCUACUGUUUACAAAGGUUAUAGGUAAAAACUAAUUCAUAUGAUAGAAGUGGUGAGAUGGAGCUUUCCAUUGCCUUAAGCUUUCGUUUGUUACCCAAAACUAAUUUGUGGGGGUUAUCAUAAAUAAAUAAAGUCCCAUCGGUUAGAUUGAGUUAUGUAAUGUUUAGGGUUAAGUUAAGGUUGAGUUUCGGAGGGAUAAUGCUAAUUUUAUCAAUGAUGUGUAGGUAUGGUAUGCAAAACCGUACACAGGCAAACGUUACAAACACGCUAUUACAUCAUAGGUAGAUUUCUAACUUGAAAAUAGUCACAGAUAUGAACAAAUUUUCAUUCCGAAAUUUCAUUUCUUUGAUACCUACUAUUUUUGACUCUUUUUGUCUAAUUUUUCAAAUUUAACUUUUAUGUACCUAUAAAAAAAAUUAGUUUUUACCGGGGAAAGUAAUUGAACAUCAAGAUCCUUGUUGGAGCUUGUAUUAUAGCCUUGUUAUCAACUUUUUAUUCUCUUUAUUAGGGAGAAAAAACUGCGGAUCCCAUUAUCAAAAACUAUUCAUUUAUUUUAGGUGUUUGAUAAUUGGAAUAAACAAUUUUGCCAUAGUAGUGUUUGUCCUCGUUCACGUUCUGCCACUAAGAUCUUUUUGACGAUCAAAAUGUACAAACUGUAUCUACGAUGUACCUAUAUAAAAUCUAUCAAUAAUAUUACAGGUGACACAUAUAAAGACGAUACGAUACAGACUCUACCCUUAGACUUUUGCUCCGCGUAUGCGAUUGCUCUGUUAAUAAAAUUUAAUACGUUUAACAGGAUUUCUUGGAUGCGUGUAACGAAAUAGGUAGGUACAGAAAUUGUUAAAUGUUAGAUGACAGGAAAACACACAGUAUCACUUUAAAAAUAAAUCUUACGUAGGUGUAAAAAUCCUUACACAAUUGUAAAUUCAUUUUGAUUUAUUUUAUUAUUGAAUUCCAACAUAUUAUCAAAUAAUCUCAUGAAUAAUGUGUAAUAAGAGUUGGUAAUAUUGUUUGU